AUGUCUGCCUUCGUCGCCCGCUCUGCCCUCCGCGCCACCCAGCGCAGGCAGUUCUCCCUCCUCACCAACAUGCGCAACAUGGCCCGCACCUUUGAGCCUCAUCCCUUCCAGAGGAUGACGACCGCUCAAGCGGCGAAGCCCGACUACGCCAAGAUGUUCAAGAACCGCGUCUUCAACGCCACCAUCUAUGUCCCCAUGAUGUGCGCCAUGCUCGGCUGGCCCUACGCUGCCGCCGUGGUCGUGGACGGCCGCGUCUGA